CGCGGAGACCGUAGGGAAGGCGAGCGGCGUGGGGGGAGGAGCCCGGCGGGGCCGCCAUGCGCCGGCUGCUGGCGGCGCUGCUGCUGGCGCUACCCCGCGCCGCGCCGGGACCGGCCCGGGGGCCCCGCGGCCAGGCGGCGGUUAUUAAAGGUAAUCUGUGGCUUCCAAAAGAGUCAGGAUGUCUGGGGAUGACAGUGGUACCCUUAGCUCUGGUCAUUCAAGCAAGUGAAGCCUCUCACCAGGUCUUGACUUCUGCAGCCUCGGACAAUCAGUGGAGCCAUUCGCUGUUUGCUUUGAUACCUUCAUGGACAAAGAAGAUUUUGUUCAAGCGAGAGUCUUCUGUUAACCACCAGCUGCUCGAAGAUAUGUCCAAUGUGUCAGUGUCUUCUGGAUUUGGAGUAACCCUUCAGAAAUGUGGUGUGGUGGAUGUUGAACAUGAUCCUCAAACUGCAUACAUUACAGUUCUGAUUAACAACACGAAUGCACUGCUCUCAACAAACAUUACAGAUCUUGUCCUGCUGGAUAAUAUCACUGGUUUACAUGUUCAAAAAAACAGUGGUAAUAGGACCACAGAUGGCAUACAGAUUUACAGGAAAAGAUUCUUGCAAGGCGGAGAGUACGUUGCCAUCAAUUACUCUGCGCUUCUUGAUGCAAAAGAGAUGUGGGAUGGCAGGGUCUUGACACUGCCAGUGAAGCUAACUUUCAGGAGUUCAUCACAGAAUAAAACACAUCUGGUGUCAUUGACAGCAUCAUUCACCAUAACUGAAGAAGAAAAGGCCAAGGUUUCGUACAGCCAUGCCAUCCAUGCUUCAGGGUUCUUCAUUGCUUUUUUUGUUUCCCUUGUGUUCACAUGUACUGUUUAUUUCAUUGUUUACCGAACCCAGAUACUAAAAUGGAGUUUCCAUAAUGAAAACCAGGAGGUACAGUGUGAACUCAGCCAAAAUCACAAACUGGAGCAUUCUCAGUUUAAUUCAGGUGAUCUCUUUAGUGAAGAUACAAUUAUGAACGACCAAAUCAUUGAUAUUCUGUCCUUUGAAGAAUCUGGGAACAUGCUUCACGCUUUAGAAGACUUGGAGGUUGCCAGCCUGACACGGGCAGAUGCUGAUCUGGAGGCAUAUCGAAUGCAGAUAUGUAAAGAAGUGAUUGCUACGAUGAUGAAGAACAUGGUGUUAAGUCACAACCUCUUCCCUCAUGUGGAGAAGAGGAUGAGUUCAGUUUUGAAAAAGCAGUUUCUUGCAAUGGAGAAGGAGAUUCAAGAGGAAUAUGAAAGGAAGAUGGUAGCUUUAACAGCCGAAUGUAAUCUGGAAACUAGGAAGAAAAUGGAGGCUCAACACCAGAAAGCGAGGAAUGCAAGUGAAGAGGCUGAAGAAUUAAUGAAGAAAAUGAAUGAAAAGCAUGCUGUGGAAUACAGAAGUCUUCUGGAUAGACUUCACAGACUGGAGCAGGAUCGUCUGAAGAGAUUCCUUCUGGUAAAGCAGGAGGAAUAUUUUGCAAAAGCUUAUAGACAGUUGGCUGUUACUCAGAGAAAGGAGCUCCAUAAUAUCUUUUUUACACAGAUAACAAAUGCAACUUUCAAGGGAGAACUGAAGUUGGAAGCAGCUAAAACAUUAGUGGAAGAUUACUCUAAAAUGCAGGGAGACAUUGAAGAGCUAAUGGAUUUUUUGCAAGCUAGCAAGAAAUAUCAUCUGAAAAGAAGAUUUGCUUACAGAAAUUAUCUUAUAAGUAAGGUACAGUUAAGGGAUUCUCAAGCCUCCGCUCUUAUAAAUGCAGCAGCAAUCCAGAUAUCAAGUCUCAUUUAUAAGAUGGAAAGAGCAGGCCAUCUACCUGAAAGUCAUUUGGGAGUGCUGCUGGACCGAGCCGAGUCUGAAGUUAAUUCUGUUAAACAGAAAUUUGAUCAUGAUUUAAAACAAGAAAAGCAAAAGCUUCGCCAAAAACUCAUUACCAAGCGAAGGCGGGAAAUGCUACAAAAGAAAGAGCAUCAGAAGGAGCAGCUCUCACUUGGAGACCCCUUCAAAACUACUAAGGAGAUCACUCACUACCUGAGCCGCUGGAAAAAUCUUCUGAGCGAUCACAUCACUGAAUUUGAAGAACUUACUGAAAAGCUUGACAAUGAGGCCAGCGAAGACCUGAAAGAGCUUCUUUUUAGUGUAACAGAGAAAGCUGUUGAAGAGCUUAAAUGUGUUCAGUGUGGAGUAUUUGUGCAAGAAUUGGUCAGGCUCAAUGUGCCAAAGAUGUUCCUCCUGGAAGCUGUGGAGGAGCAUAAAAAAGAGAUGGUUGUUAAACAUGAACAGCUUGAAAGGGAAGAGCAUGACAAGAGCAUGGCUGCUGAAGAGCUGCUUCAGCUCACCAGGCAGAAGCUAAGCCAAGAACUGGAAACAAGCAUUUUGGAACAAAAAAAAUUAAGGAGCUGGGAACAAUCAGUAUUCAUGCAGCUUCUGAGUUUACCUCUCUCGCUGUCAGAAGAGGAGUUGCUUAGAAUGAGGCAAGAGUUGCACUGCUGCUUCUCUCAGGUGGACAGCAGCUUGGCUUGGCCCAAGAUAAGAGCAAGAACCUUGCUUCAGGAUUUUGAGAUGGAACGCAGGGACACAGAACUGCUGAAAAUUGAUCAGAAUUUAGCAGUGACCAAUAAACAGCAGCAUUGUAAAAUGAAAAAAACAGGAUCCAGGAAUAGAAAUAAGAUAGAUAUUCUGAAGAAAUCUUUACAGGACAAAAUUUUCAUUUAUGAAGACUCAGUGAAAGAUGAAAAUUUGGAUAAGGUUAAGCAUGAGUUGCUGCUUGAGAAAGAGUGUCAGCUGCGUGAUCUGGAAAAUAAACUUGGAGAGUAUAUUGCUGCCUUAGCCUUUCAAAAGGCUGUUAAAAAAUCAAAAAUGUUGGACCUGUAUACUGCUGUCACAAGUGUACAAGCUGUGGUCUUUGAACAACUAAACAUGUCAAAAACCCUAUCAAAACUGGAAUGUAUUCAGAUUUUAGAAGCACAUAAUCCUGAGAUUGAAGAACUUGGCAGGAAGCUGGAGUAUGAGGUGUUGCAUAAGGAGUCAGCGCAACGGCAGCAUCAGCAUCUAAUGAGUAGGCAGAGGUGGACACCAGAUGGAUUGGGACUUUCAAGUGAAGCUGUUGAAAUGGAUGCAGACAGACAGGUGACAGUCCUGCUAAGACAGGCUAUGAAUAAGUGUAGGCAAUUUAUAAAUCUGCACCAGCAAAGCUUGAGAGAUGAGCAAUGGAAUUGUGCAGUACUUGAAGAUCUCCUGGAAAAUAUAGAAAUGGAUGCAUUUUGGGCACUUUAUAGUCAGGAGCUCCGACUGACAGGUUAUUUAGCCAAACUGAUGAGGGUACCAAUGGGGACGUUGCACAGGUUCCUGAACUUGUUGCUGCCAACUAACUCACAAAGUGAGGUGCUUUCUGUCCUGGAUUCCAUCAGUAAAUAUUCAGAUGGUGUCGCUGAAAGUGACAGUAAUGCAGAUGAGUCUGGCAGCUGUAAGAAAGGGAAAAACCAGGAGUUGUGGCAGGCGCUGGAGACCAAAGUAAGGCAAGAUCUGAUAAACAGAAGUUUGGAAGAGAUUCCUUCUCUAAACAAGAGAAAAGACAGCUUAAUAAAAAAGAAGCAACUUACCUUCUUGGAAAAAGCAUCAUUGUUUCAUCUUGGAUUUUCGCCUACUCAUCCUCCUAUGGAACAAUCUGAUACACUUCUUUGUUUGAACACUGCAACUGCUGAAGCCAUAGAGCUAUUAGACACAGGGGAGAGGGUAUUUUUAUUCCGUGAGCAGAGUGAUCCAAUACUUUCUUUGCAUAAUUCUCCGAGGAAAAAGAAAAAGAACUUUCUUAAUUCCAAAAAGGCUGCUUAUGCAGCUGUGGACUCAUGAGGGCGACUUCCAUUCAAAGUAUCAAUUAGAAAAGAGGAAGUUAUUUAAAAUUCAGAAGAAUAAUAAGAAGGAAUUAAGUGUGCAGUUUAAAUUACACUUGCAUUAUUUUAAUCUCAUUUAUCUGACAUUGUAAAUAGCUGUAAUUUUAGAAUGGCAUAGAUAUCGAUAUGCAUUGUGUAUUUUAUAAUUCUUAUCAAUGUAUGAUGCAGUAAAUGAAAUACGAGUGUUUCAUUGAGCAGAACUUAUUGUUCCUUCAGUAUAUUUUGCUCAUUUGUGCACUGAUUUUAUUGUAGCUGUAUUUUCAUAAAUUAUAUAGAAAGGUUAUUUAUAAUAUAAACUAGGUACUGAUUUAUUGCUCCUGUGUUUGUAUAUUCUUGCAAUAACCUGCAGUAUAGCAGAUGGUGUGAAGAGAUGGAGUCGAUGACCCACAAAUCCUCUGUUCUCUGAUUUUCUGUUACUCUAGCUAACUUACUGUUUAAUACUGUGCUGUUAAUAGGCUUUCAAUGUUACUUCUGCAGUCUUGUGUCCUACAGUGAUACCUCGUAGUCCAGGUCUUCCGCAUAUACCUAUGCACUUAGCCUUACACCCUCAGGUAACUUCAGCUUUCCGCUACUGUUCCUAGAUCGACUUCAGUUGAACUAUGAAUGUAGCUAUGGUUCAAAACUGUGUUAAAUGUUUGCAGCCUGUUGCAGGCUUUUUUUCUUGGAGAAGCCAUAUGACCACACUUGCUCAUUAGAAAAGGAAAAAUGCAAAUGGGCUUGUUAAUAACUUUAAAAGCUUUUUUGAUUACAGUACUGCAAAGUGACAGGCUUCUAGGUGGGUAUUUUUGAAGCUUUUAUUUCUAGGUUUCUCCAAAUUGGUAAGAAUAGCAUUUUAUAUUUAAAGAGAUAAUUUUCAAACCCUUCUAGUUGGCAGAAAGAAGCCUGCAAAUACGAACCCUAAAAACAGUAAUAGGAAAAGAUAAACUAAAAAAUGCAUAUAUUUUUUAAAUAUUCCAAGAUAUUCAAGCCUGUUUGAAGGUUUUUUUUGGCUAUGUUUGAAUGCUAUACUCCGAGAGUCAUGUGAUUAUAUAUUCUGCAGUUUUUCAUGUAUGGGGUUUCUCUGUCUUUGUAUUAAUAAGAUGCCGAUUUCAUUUUAAAGAAUAAAAUGUUACAGUGUACGUGUGUCUCCAGUUGGCAUCUAUUCCAAGUGGAAAAAAAACAUUUUUUCCCUCCUCUCUUGACAAGUUUAAAUAUUCAUUCCACAGUAAACAAAAAUUAGUGUUUCAUAUCACCAUUAGCAUGAGAAAAUGUAUGCAGUGAUUAGCCUGAUAAUCCUAAUUAUUUUUUGAUUGUAUUCUUCAGUCUUUUCAUAGAAGUCAUUGCUGUUGCAGAAAGAGGAGUCUCACGUUUGUGGGAGUUUGGAGUCACUACGUAUUAAUGCAUGUGGUAUAUCAUCCCCAAGGCAUGUAGGUAAAGGUAGGGUCUGUCCUGCCUUGGAGGUGGGUCAGAGCUGUGUAAGAGGAGGCUCAGGUGUUUCAGAAAGGAGUUUGGCCCUGUGCAAGAAAAGCCAGUAGGAAAACAUGAGCUGUGCUUGGGGCUGCAAGGAGUGCCUGAAAGCUGAAGUACCCUCUCUGAUAUGUGAAUUUGCCAAGAUUUCUUCACAAGCCCAGACUCUAGGCUGUUGUAAUACAAAAGGGAAACAACAAUACUGAUCACAGAUAAGACAUUGGGGCUAAUAGCAUUAAUCAGGUACAGUAAUACAAUACAGCAUCUGAAUAUUGAUUGCAAAAUCAAUUUAUUAUCUUUAACAGAUAAUCUGUAUGUCUAAUAAUAUUCUAGAAAGCUGAUUUGUAGCACACCUCAUCACAAAUUUUGAAGCAACUCAGCAGGGAGAGUCAUGCCUUGUUAGGAAUCUGUUUCACAUAAUGCAAUAGAUGUUCAAAGAACUGUCCAGAUCUUAACAUUCCCUGUGCCUUAUGAAAUAAGUACUACCUAGGUAAUAGCCUACUUGAAUAAAGAGUUGAAUUACUUUCAGCUUUGAGUGAUUCAGGUGACAUCGGAGGGCCAGCUGUUGUGUGGGCAGUUCGGUACAUGUACCGUAGGUAUUAACAUCUGCCUUUCACAGUUGGAAGUCUUCCAAGGGAUGUGUACUGGACAAGCCAUUUAAAUUAAACACAUUUGUCUUCAUAGUCAUAAAUUAAGUAAUAUAAGGCUGUAUUCUUCAGGAUUUUGAACGUUACCCAUAUGGAGCAAAUUUGUCUUCCUCCUUGCUAAAUUAACAUGAGAAAGAGACACCUUAAGUGUGGCUGAGCCUCCUACUUUAAACACAUGUAGCCAAAUUAUAAGGAAAAAGUAUCUGGUAAAGGUGCUAAUAUCACGCUCAUUGUAGAAUUUGGACUCUAAAGAAAUGCCUCGCUUGUUUAGCAGCUCUUUGUGUUAGUUUCUACCUGGCAUACAGUGCAUUUUACUGAGAUUGAAAGUACUGGAAAAGAAGGACCCACUAACUAAUCCCACAAUUAAUUGUGUUCCCCUGGUUAUUCAUUGCUUCUCAUCUUGUCUCUGACGGUUGACAAACUCCUCGGUGUUAUCAUUAGCCCAGUGUUUUUUCCGAUAUAUGAUCUGUCAUGAAGAACCAUGUAUUCUUCAUCAAAAAAGAGGCAUACAUUGGUGCAGACAAAAUGCUGGCAUCAUAUAAAGGCUCAAAGAAAAGUAUUUUAAGAUACUUAAAUAUUUUUAAGAUUUAAGAUUAAAUGAACACUUGCUGGAAUUUUCAAGGUCCUCAGUGUCCAUAGAUUUAAAAAGAAUCUGUAUCCAUGUGCUUCUGGACCUAUUGAAAUAUUUGCAGUGGUGUGUAUAAUUAUUUUCUGCUGUGUCAUAUUAUAAUCCUGCUGUUCAUGUUGUAUGCUGUAGUUUCCUCAUGAAUGACUUUACCAAAGUCUAAUUAAUUUGAGUAAUUAAGUCCUUUCCUACAUCCCUUAAUGGAGGUUGAAACAAAAUCAGUGUCAUAGAUCAUAGCGUGAAGCCCUUUAGAAAGGAUAGGAUUUUAAAAGAUUGUUUAUUCUGUUUAUUGUUUAUUAUUGUUAUUAUGCAGUUUACUCAAUUGUUUAGUUUAAAAUCGAGCUUUUAUUUAAAAUAUUUCAUUUUCAAGAUAUCUUUAAUAAAAAAAAGGGUCCUAUGUGGUGAAAAACAUUUUUUAAAAAGUGUUUUCAGUGCAGAAAGUGUUUGUCUGUCGUGAUUGAGCCAAAAAUGUUUCCGUGGAACAAGUGAGUUGAGAUUUCCUGCAAUAAGCUUCCAUUUAAUUUCCCUGUCCUCGGUGUUAUUAAUUGUUAUAAAGUAGAAUAUGUAUGUUAAGUCUAAUGCUGAAUAAUUAAUACAAAAAUAAAUAUACCAAGAGCGGAAUAUUCUGCUAGAGACAAUCAAAAUCAUGUCAAAAUCAAUGUAUUGUAAAGGAAAGUGAAAAUACAUAUGAACUUGGCACCUCACUACAGAAAAAUGUAGAAAUGGAAGUAGAAGCGUUGACAUUUUUCUGGAAUUAAUUGUUACGGUUAAUAGGUAACUUCAUCUUCACUUAUUGCUACCAUAGUUUUGUGUCUGGAUUUUUUUUAAAAGUGACAAUAUCUCUUUAAUAAGAGAUUCUGCAAAAUACUGCUCUGUUUUAUUUGAACCUGGGGAAAUCAUGUUGCUUUCUUUCAUUAUCUUGUAUUUACCCAGCUGCUAUUUUAACACCUUUAUUUCUUCCGGGGAAUGUUAAGUUUUUAUGCUGUUAUCUUAAUACAGCCCAGUGCCAACAAUUACAUUGCCUUUCAUCAACAGUUCUCGCUUCCCCAGAGUCUGACAGUAGGAUUUUUAAAGUGCCAAACACCAAAACCACUCACUCAGCUGAUGCAGUUCCCCCAUCCCUCUGCUGAAAUGUUUCACUGCUGUGCUAACUGGUGCAGACAUAGGUGUACCAGCAUAAAGCUUAAUUUUCUUACUGAAUUUCAGAAGCUAUAUUGUCACAUUAUUGGCUGUUGAGAGCAAUGUGAGAGUUCAUAUGUACACUUGUUGCAGCCAAGCAGUAUCAUGCAAGUGAUGAACCUAGCUAAGUGCUCUAGGUAGGAUCCAGCCUUUCCCACCUUCUUCUUCUCCACUCUUCUGCAAAAUAGAUGGCAAAGGCCACCAGCUCAGGACCUCAUUUCUCUCUUUCCACUUGUUUCCUUGUCAUUCAUAGGAAGCAAGGCAGGAAAAGUCAACCUCAACACUAGUGAAAGACUAUACACUGUGCUCACCAUUCGCCUUUGUGUUGCUGACAAGUUGUGAUAUAAAUGGUCCAUUUAACGAGAACUGAUAAUGCUCAUCUCUAUAUUUGAGCAGUCUGUGAUUGUUGGUAUAUAAACCUACUAUUUUUGCCGCCUCAGCUGUAUUUGAGACCCACAGAAAAGCAGAAUGCAAUUUGUUUUCCCCAAGGUUCAGACAUUCCUCUGGAGAGCAGGAGACAGACGUUUGGGUAUAGUAUAUGCAGGGAAAGGAAUUGUAUUUUGAAAAUGUCAACUUCUUUGGAGCUUUGUCCUCAGUUAUGACAGCAAAGCUAACUGCAGAAAAGAGGCUGUGUGCUUUCAACCACUUUUGUUUGAAGAAAGGUAGCUGAACAAGAAAAUAAAAGUGUGAAAGUAUCAGAUAUCGUUCCAAGCUAAAAUAGCACUCAGAAUCUGAGGGCAGAACUUCCUAAGUUUGAGCAUUUGUGUUAGGAUUUGGUACUUGAUUUUGUGUUACAAUAUGUGAAUGGUUUUGUAGUUACUCAACUAAACAAAAAUAUUCCCGUGCAGAGUGUUUUAGAAGGAGUGGAGAAUUAUUUUCAUCGUUAUAAAUUGAAAGGCUAUUAGAAAAUAUUUUGAGUGGAUAGAUGUGUGAUGUCUGUAUUAAUUAGAAUAAAUGUAUAUUAGUUCAUUUAUGUUCUGCUUGUGGCUUGACUCUCACUAGGAGUUAAAUCUGAUCAUGUCUGCCAGCAGGUUUUUAUUCAUUUGCUGUUGACCACUGGUAAUUUAUCACUUUAAAAUUACCAUCUUGGCUGUAUCUGCAAAUGGGUCUUUCUGCAUAUUGCAUACACAGGAAUAUGUUUGCUAUUGCUCUUUGUCUACCGAAGAAAAUAGGUAAUUCUGGGUUGUAUUAUUGAAAGUUAUCUCUCUUAUGUCUUGGAGAAUAUCAAGGAGACACCAGCUGUCUUUAAAAGUUUACUGGUUUAUGUCUUCAAACUGUCUAAACUAAUAGGAAUGGCCCAUAUGCUUUAUUAUGAUAUUUUUAACAAAUUAUCUGUUCUGCUAAUGAGCAAAUAAUCUCAAAAUUUUCAAUAUACUACAUCAUCUUUUUUACAGCUCAUAUAUAAUGAUUAAAUAUUCUGAGUUUCUCAAACAAGAAGGAACAGGGUGAUUCAAGGACAGUUUUAAUAAAAAUAGUUCUUUUCACGGUGUUUUUUCCCAGAGGCAUAACAUAUGUUUUUCUCACAGAAAAAAUUACUUCUUUCCCUAUGAAAAGCUUUGUUGCUUUAAUGUCUGCUUUUCAUAGAAUCAUAGAGUGGUUUGGAUUGGAAGAAACCUUAAAUAUCAUCCAGUUCCAACACUCCUGCCAUGGGCAGGGGCACCUUCCACUAGAUCAGGUUGUGCAAAGCCCUAUCCAGUCUGGUCUUGAACACUUCCAGGGAUGGGGCAUCCACAACUUCUCUCUGAGCAACCUAUGCCAGUGCCUCACCACCCUCAUAGUGCCAAAUUUCUUCCGUAUAUCUAAUCUAAAUCUGCCCUCUUUCAGUUUAAAGCCAUUACCCUUGUCCUAUCACAACACGCCUGUAUAAAAAGUUCCUCCCUUUCACCAGGGAACAGAGAAGCAGCCACAUUUCUAUCCUGAAAGCUGUGAGAGUGGGAUCAGGUCCUUGUUUUGUUUCAGGUUUCCUUCCCAAACCUCACUUUUUUCCAGGAGAAUGAACAUGUUAGCGGUUGUGAUUCUCCCUGACUGGUUCCAACCCAUGUGAAUACCUAGCUUUUUUGCUUUUUUAUUAGUAUUUUAAUUUUCCCUGUAGCCGUAUAGUUAGAAGAUGCUUUGAUGAACACCAAGUAGCUUUGUAAUUAGCUGGUGAGCUGCCCAUGACCGAAUCUGCCUGGGUAGGAUACUGCAUACUGCCUUCUCUGCACACAUCCUUCAAUUAUCACCAAAACCCUCCUUUCCCUCUUGCCCAGCUGACACACAGUCGACCAGGUAGGAGAACUGAGGUGUUCAGAAAACUUUGUCUCAUACCAAGAGAUUUCAUCAACUUCAUAUGCAAUAUUUUCUCCCUUGCCCACAGUUUUUUACAGCAGGGUAACAUUGCAAACCAUGUCUUUUGAUUCAUCAUCUGUGCUCUUCUCAGCACCACACUUUCUCCAUAUCCUUAAUGGCAUUAUGAUCUGUUCUCUUCAGACCAUUCGUUUGGCUGGUUAAAACUCCCUUAAAUUUUGAUCUUGUCCUUCAGUGUGCUGAUUGCCUUUCCCAGUUUGGUAUUGUUCACAAAUUUAGUAGGAGUACUCUUUAUUUUAUCUUCCAGGUCAUUAGUAAAAAGAAAUGAAACAUCUGCCAAAUUUCAAUAAAAGAGUGCAUAGUUGUUAGCAGUCAUAAUAAUGUAGAAGGGAAAUCAGAAGUAAUCCAAGACUGGAACUCACGACUUCAGCUCAUAGCUGCAGAGAAGCAAGUUGUAGGCAGCUAGCUAAUUAAAUUUAUAUAAGUGUUAAAUUCACAAUUCUGUUUACUGACUUUUGACCUUAUUUGUAUAACAAGACAGCAUGCUUCUAACCUAAUUGUCUUUUUGAAGGGAUAUAGUACUUUUGGUAGAGUAUAUUCUUGGUUUGAGAGAUACUGGAGUAAAUGAGGUCCUGGGUUCCAUGGAGGACCAGCUCAGACAGUGAUGGUUGUGAAGAGUUGUUUCUGCUAAACAACAAGUUGGUGCUAGAACUUGUCAGCACCAACGGUACAGUGCUGGUCUCAAAGAGCUACUGUCCACCCAGCUAGCAGCAGUACAGCUGAAAUUGUGACGUUCUCCUGGUGUGAAGAGAGUGGCUUUUUGCAACAGCUAGCGAUGACUGCUAUGUCCAAGAAAUUCCUUGUGUUCCCAGUUGAGGAAGAGAGUCUUUGGAGAGGAGAAAUCACUUGUUUUUAAAUGAGAUCUACUAUAGAUAUUAAAUAUGUAAAUAUAGGCUUACGUUACCAUCUCAUUCUUCUGCAUUUAGUCCCAAUUAGAUGAGUGCUAAGAAGCUUCUUACAGCAGUGGGUCCAUAUUGUCAGUCUCCAAGUCCAGGUAAUCAUGCUGCGUCCAGUGACGACAUCAGUUGUCUGACCCCUUUUCUUCCACCUCUGCUCAAUGCCCUCACAAAGCAUCAGGGACAAACUGAUUCCUUACAGGUCUUCUGCUACCUCACCUUACCUUACAGUCUCUGCCUCGUUGCACGGAGAUGUGAUGGUUUCUCACGUGCGUUGGAAAGCUCCAGGCAUUUUUGUCAAUUCCUUUCAUCCCUAUUUGAUUUUCUGUUGUGAGUUAAACAAAGAAACCUGUGUGAAUCCAGUGGUGGAUGAAUAAAGAUCUGCGAACAGAGGCCCCAGUUUGCUGCAUUUCACUUGUGAAUAAAACAGAUGAAAAAUCAAACCAACACUAGGAUAAGGCAGUUUGCAACCAACUACUGAAUACAGAACAUGGUCUUUUGUGAGAAUUGGCUUCUGAAUAGCCGUGCAUUGGGAGAGAAGGUUUGUGAGCAAUCCGUCUCCUCCAGACUGGGCACAGAAGGGGUGCUGGUUCAGCAAAUUUCUUGUAGGCUUUUGGUGCAAAGCAGCAACCUGUAACAUUAAUGCAGUGUGUGCUGACAAAGACCUUUAAAAGCAUUUUGCUUGUUGAUGUCAAAAGUGGUUAAUUCCUGAUACAAAGUCUAGGCUGUGGAAUGAAUAAAAUGAGUUUACGGAAUAACUUUAUUCUGAGGAUAAUUGUGUUACUGCCUUUGUGUGUGUGUUUGAGGCGUUUUCUUCCUAACUGAAGCAUAUGAAGAAAGCACUUCUCCUUCUAGCAUUUGGAAAUAACAUUAUGUUCGCCAGGAACAUGCAAUAAGAAAAUCCCGGUAAGAAAAGCUCUAUAAAUUUGGGGGAGAAAAAAAAACCUGCAAAAAUGACUGUGCAUCUUCUUGGCUCCUCCAAUUUUUAUGCACAUAAAUACUUCCUUAAACGCAAUAAUACUAUUUACAUGAAUAAAGAUGUCAGGAUUUGGUUAAUACAGCCCUGUACACUGUGAUUCAGCAUUGUAUCAGACAAGACCAUAAUUCAGUGUGGCAUAAAAUCCUGCUAGCAUGUUCUGACUGUCAAAGUGCACUCCGUACGCAGGGUACGUGCUGCAAUUUGUUUUGCUUUAUUUUGACGACCUAAAUGUCAUGGUGUGUAAUCAAACCUAAAUAUCAUGCCUUUCUCCAUAACUCAGAGAUGGGUACAGGCGUUACCAUAGGAGGGUUCAUCUAACACCCACACCAGGCGGUAUAAAUUGUGGUUCAAGUAAUUCUCUUCCUGCUUUGUCACUAAAUGGAAGUAGAGAAGAAGAGAAACCAGGACAUUUGACUCCAUGGUACUGAGUAGGAAAAGGUGUUCCGAUAAAAGUGUAUUUCUUCUUCUCUUGGACUUUGAUGUGUGUGACUUCUGCAAAGCAGAGGUAUGCCUUCAUUGUGGGUCUCAGAACCUCUUUAUAGAAAAGAUACUGGGUGCCAGAUGUCGUGGAUAUGAGGGAGAAGAACCAUAUUUUAUUAGACGAACUAGUACACUAGUGCGAAACAGAGAAGCUUUUCAGCAUUUAAGUCUUUCUUCAAACAAAGCCAGAAGAUAUUUUCAACUCUGUCUGCAGUUGCUGUGAGAACAAUUUGAAACAAAUAUGUAAAGAUUUGGUCAAUAUUUGUAAUGAAGGAAUGGCUUUCAUUUCAAAAACAAUUUGUUUCACACAUAUUAAACAAAACUGGAAAUAAAAAUAUUUAGUCCGGUUUGUUUCCACUUUCCUUCUUCUUCUUUUGCUUAAUUAAGUGGCUGAAAAUCAUAUGUUUUCCUUUCUUCUUGAAUUUAUGAAAAUAAACUCUUUUUUUUAAUAGAGGCAAAACAUGCUGUGAAAUACUUGGAUAAAAGAGCUGGUUGUUUUAAACCUGUCAUUUAUGGCUAGAUCCACAAUCUUGGGAUUUGUAUUAAUGCUAAUAGCAGGGUGUGUAUUUAAGUAUCCAGUUUGCAAAAUGUAAUCUUUAAUGAAUUCUUUUCCACUACAGUCUAACUCUAAAGGUACCUACAUUUCAGAAGCCUUAAACCUUUAUUUUCCACGGUUACCUAAAUGUUUUUUGGUAAUUGUGCGCCAAUGAUCCUGAAAUAGUCUGGUGUCGCUGGGGCUGCAUAGGUUGCUGUCUUAUUUAUCCUGGAACAUGUCUAUCUUCUAGAAAUUAGAUGGGGAUGGCUCAGUUGAGGAUUUAUAGCUGUGUGCAACUCCCAGAUCAGCAUAUUUUAUGUGGUCAGUUGUGGAGCUAAGCUGACGUGGAGGUAGCCAAUUGACAGAGAUCACACUUGCUAGAGGAAUAUAGGUGACAUAUAGGUGCUUUUUUUUACUUAAGUGGCGUUUUUUUUUCCUUCUGAUGCCUUCUAGAUAAGCCAGCAGAGCUUUACAAGGUAAGAGUGUUAUUUUUAAAAAAAGAAAUUUUAAUGUUUCUUCCUCAGGAAACAGUCAGUUGUGUAAAAACAGCCCUGGAAAUCAUGAGAAGAUGCAACUUGAGAGCCUAUACAAAUGAGGGCAAUGUAUGCUUGAAAGCAGAGCUAUUUCUUUGUAUCAGACGGAGUUAUGAUAUGAGUUAUUGCUGUAGGGGUAGCCUUUACACUGCCUGAGUUCUUUUAAAUCCUUAAUAUAAUUGUCUGAAGUCUAAAAAUCCCAUCAUUCAAAUGUCUUAAUUUGAGGAACUAAAACUGCCACCACAAAUUAGUAGGUGAGGAAAUGUGAGAUGACAAAGUCAUGUGGCCUCAGCAUUUGAGUUGUUCAGGAACCUUGGUGCAGUCAGGCUGAAGGGAUGCUGAGCAACCCCUUUGCUCUUGAUGUUAAGCAAUACUUUAGACUACCAUGUGACAGUCAUAGGGUUUUUGAAGGAAUGAAACAUUUCUGGUGAGCAGUGAAGUUCUGCACUGUCACAAUUAGACAUAGCUCAUUUCUGAAAGCAGUUCACUCACUGCAUUCAGCAGUUGCUCCCAGUUUGUGUGCCCACAGCUCUCGCUCCUCCUCCAGCUGCUAUGAGUGAAGACUGGACCUGAGCCCUGGGGGAGUUAUAUACAGACCCUUUACAGGCGACUGAAUGCUAUUAUGAGGCUAAAGUGCUCAGGACAUUGCAGAGCUCAGCUGUAAGUAGCUGUGCUGUGGGCUAGAACUUUAGUUUUAUCAUUGCAGAUUGUGUUAAUCAAACUGAACACCAACAUAUCUUUAGACUCCUUUCAUGACAGUUAAUAUCUACAGAGCCUAAAAAGCUGUCUUGGAGAUAUAUUUGUCUGGGAGUGCACAGCUGUAUUGCUGACAUAAGAAAUCUGCUAAUUCUUGUGGUUGAAGAUGUUGCCAUUGUGCCCAGGAACUGCUGCUGCUGCAGUGGGCUGAAAUGCAAGUACUUACUCAUAGACCAUGCAAUUGUGUUACUGAAAUUAAAAGUGUUGAUCAUAUCUUUCCAUCAGUCCCAAGAGGAAAUUUUAUGGUUUGUUUUUUUUUUUUCCUAAGUUCUUCCUGAGGCUUGAAUUAAAUAACCAGCAAGCUAAGUGUGCGUAUGUACUUUAUGAAACAAUGAUGUUAUAUUACACGUGUGAAAAUUUCACUUGGAGCCAUAUCUUGAGCACAGAUCCAUUGAUGUUAGCAGAUGUAUUGUAAUUGAUACCCUUUGAAGCUCUGUUUAUGAUUCAUAGUUUCU